UCAAUUUGUGAUUGUCAAAAUAAAUACGAAUUUGCGCGAUGCAUUUGCAAUGUUUUAGUGUUAUGUCAGACCGUUUUAUAUUUAAAACUUAAUUAAUUAAAUAUUAUCCGCAUAAUGAAUCAUGAAGAGAUAAAACUAGUGGUACAGGAAAAGUUUCUGUCGAGCGAGAGAGUGACGGCCUUCCUAUGCGACGCCAAGGUGCUCCACCCGGAGUGGGUCAAAAAGGACAGGCUCUUAGCGAUCGUCGAGUAUGGAGACGAAAAAGCGGUUUUUUGUUUAUUUACAUCGUGCUACCCACCGAAGUCCUUCACCGACUUAUCCGUAGAAAUUGUACUGCCAAUAGACAAUAGUUUCAAAUGCGAAAUAGACAACAAGCCUUCCGAUCCGGAGGCGAUUUUGUACCUGAAUUUACAGUCUCGUAAUAAUAAGUUUAAAUUUGAAAUUCAAAUGACUACUCGGGUGGACAACUUUGUCGACGAUCUAUUCAGGGGUAUCGAGGCUGUGAACAAAUUACAGACACAGCCCGAGUUCCUCUGGCUUAAGAAGUACAAUGGGAAAACUGAAGACGACAUUAUAGUUCAAAGUAUGGUAGUUCCUAGAAGUGAGGUGACACACAGCCAAAACUCCGCCCCUGUGGCUAUCAGAGAGAGUUUGAUCAAGAGAAAAAUGUGUGAUAAAGAGUAUGACUAUACUUUCACAAAAAAGUUUACAGUAUUCUGUGGCACUUGGAAUGUGAAUGACAAAUCCCCUGUCAUACCUCUCAAGGACUGGCUGUGUGGGGCUAAAGAACCCCCUGACAUAUAUGCAGUUGGUUUCCAAGAGCUUGACUUGUCAAAAGAAACAUUUCUGUUUGAUCAGACGUUUAGAGAGGAGGAGUGGUACAAUGCUGUGGUCCAUUAUAUUGACAAAAGGGCAAAGUAUGUUAAGAUAGAAAGAGUAAGACUGGUGGGCAUGAUGCUCAUUAUUCUCAUCAAAGAAAAACACUUCUCUCAUGUGAGGAACGUUAUCUGUGAUACAGUCGGGACAGGGAUAAUGGGGAAGAUGGGCAACAAAGGGGGGGUAUCUGUAAGGUUUGACUUGCACAACACAUCCAUAUGCUUUGUCAACUCCCACUUGGCUGCACAUGUUGAAGAGUAUGAGAGGAGGAAUCAAGAUUUCAGAGACAUAUGUAAUAGAACAAGAUUUGUGCAACCAAACCAGCAACCCAAAGGAAUUAAAGACCACGAUCACAUCUAUUGGAUUGGAGAUCUCAAUUACCGCAUCACUGAGCUGGAUCCUCAGGGUGUCAAAAACCUUGUGAAUGAAAAUAAUUUUGCCCCAGUACUAGAAUGGGACCAGCUUAAACAACAGCAUAAAAACAACAAUGUAUUUGCUGGUUAUACUGAAGGUGAAAUCAAUUUCAAACCAACUUAUAAAUAUGAUCCCGGUACUGAUAAUUGGGAUUCCAGCGAGAAGAACCGAGCACCGGCAUGGUGUGACAGGAUAUUUUGGAAAGGCAACACCAUAAUGCAAUUAGAAUAUAGGAGUCAUCCAUCCCUAAAUAUUAGUGACCACAAACCAGUGUCAGCCACAUUCAUAUCUGAAAUCAAAAUCAUUGAUGAUGAAAAAUACAGGAAAGUAUAUGAGGAAGUUAUAAAGCAGUUGGACAAACUUGAGAAUGAACUUAUUCCACAAGUUAAGGUUGAUGUUACAGAAAUUGAUUUUGGAACUGUUCGGUAUUUAGAGUUACAAGUGAGAACCAUAACAAUAAAAAACACUGGCAAGUUACCAGUGGAGUUUGAAUUUAUAAAGAAACUUGAUGAAUCAAAUUUCUGCAAGGACUGGCUCAUUGUGGAACCAUAUAAAAAAUGUAUAUGUGCAGAUGAAUCAUGUGAAAUUCAACUCAAAGUGCUUAUUAAUAAGACUUCUGCUUGUAAGAUGAAUGCUGGGACUGAUAAAUUGUAUGAUAUUUUAGUAUUACACUUAUAUGGUGGUAAAGACAUUUUUAUCACAGUAAAUGGAACAUAUCAGAGAAGCUGUUUCGGAUGUUCCAUUGAGGUUCUUGUGAAUCUAAACAUGCCAAUAAGGGAAGUGCCUGUUGGUAAACUCAUAGAGCUUGAGAGCAAGAGAGACCAGAGUAUCUCAAAUCAGUCAACUUAUUCUAUACCGAAGGAGAUUUGGUUUUUGGUCGACCACAUUUAUCUUCAUGGCCUUAAAGAACCAAAUUUAUUUGAGCAGCCGGGUUUACAUUCUGAGGUGUUACAGAUUAGGGAUUGGUUAGACAGUGGGUCUAUUGAUCCCAUUCCUGGUAGCAUCCAUUCAGUAGCUGAGGCUUUGCUGCUGCUAUUGGAGAGUACUGCUGACCCUAUAAUCCCCUAUAAUCUUCAAUCAGUCUGUCUGCGAGCAUCAGUUAAUUAUUUACAAUGCAAGCAAAUAGUCAUGGAAUUGCCAGAAUUUAGAAAAAAUGUGUUUCUAUAUUUAUGUGAAUUUUUACAAGAAGCACUACAGCAUAGUGCUGAAAAUGGAUUGGAUGCUAAAACAUUAUCAACACUUUUUGGGGCAAUAUUUUUACGGGAUAAUCCCAAUUUGAUUCAAGAACCCCAGUCUCGCAUUAACAAGCAAGUUAUUGACAAGAAGAAAGCCCAGUUUGUCUAUCAUUUCCUUAUAAAUGACCACAGCGACUUGAUAUUUUCAAGAUAGUCAUUAUUUUAUAAAUAGAUUCUUUUCUAAGGUAUUAAAAUACUCAACACAUUCUCCAUUGUUAAUUAUAGGCUUAUUUAUUCAUUUAAAAUGAUUAAAAUUAUUAAAUGUUGUCAAAAAUCCAUUGUAAUUUAUUGAUACUAAUUUGGUAAAAUAUAAUUCCUGAAAUCAUGUGUAACUUAACUUUGAACAGAACGAUUUUUAAAUAUAUUCUACCAAAUUUGCAUCAAUUUGAGUGUAAUCACUCUUUAGAUUUUAAUUAAAUCCAUCACAUUAGUUUUAAUUAAUAAAAUAACUUAAUAUUAUUUAUUAAUAUAUUUCAAUGAAUUAAUCAACGAAUAUUUAUACUGAGCGGCCAAGGAACUAUAGUUGAAACAUUAGUAUUUUUGUUGUAUUUUUAAUAGAAGUAUAGUCUAAAUAGCCUUUAUUGUUUAUAAUUUAUUUUAAUCUAUUGUAACAUAUUUUGUGACAUGGUUUAGAAAAUCUCAUAAGACUAAUACUUAUUAUAACUACCCUUUGUACAAUGUAUACAAUAUUUUAUCAAGGACACAAUAUAAUUUAUUAAAGGAAACAGUAGUUAUUGAUAUAAAAUAUGUAUUUGUGAAUGAAAAACCAAAAUGAAGCAUUCCAAAAACCAACUUGCAUUAAAUGCAUUCAAGAUGUCAUAUAUGUAUUUGACUGGUAUUUUACUGUAUAUGACAACAAAAUGUACUGUCAUAUUAAGCUCUUCCUUGUAUUAUUUAUGAGAACUUAGUGUUAUAUUUUUCUCUUCAUAAUACUUGAUUGAAUCUUGUAGUCGUUUACUACGCCUAUUUAUUACCAAAUAAAUGUUUAACACACUAUGUAAACAUUACAAUAUUUAUACAAUGCAUUAAUAAUAAUUUAUUAAACUAUGAAAUUCUGUAAA